GCAUCUUCGUAUUUAAGUGUCGUUAGAUGCUGCGUUUUGUCCUUUGGAUAACGAACUGUCGUUGGUGAAAGUUUAUUUUUUAACUGUGUAACUUUAGAAAAAAAGUUAGGAACUAUGAUUUGGUGGUGUUUAAUUUUUUUGAUAACCGGAGUGCAAUUGGUGAGAUGUGAUAUAGACUUGGACGUUGAAUCUGAAAAUGGAGAGGACGCAGAAGAAUUCUUACCAGGCAUAUAUCCAACUUUUCGUCAAAUACCUAAAACCGCAUUUUCAUGUCUUGGAAAGCUCAAUUGGAACUAUUAUGCUGACUUGGAGACGGAUUGCCAGGUAUUUCACAUCUGCGAAACACAAUACUCAAAGCUUUCAUUUCUCUGUCCUAUUGGUAGUGUAUUUAAUCAACGCCAUCUUGUGUGUGAUUGGUGGUAUAAUGUUGAAUGUCAAAAUUCGGUGGGCUUGUAUCCUGAAAAUAAUAACCUUGUGGAUGGAGAACCGUUAUUUUUUGAAGAGGCUGAUUUGAGCUUAGCUUCAUCCGGAGGUAACGUGGAUCCAAACGAGUCUGAGGAAAAGCAACCAGAAUCAAAGAAAAAAGAAAAAUCCACAAAGAAUCGAAAUUGAUAUCUAAUCUGGUAUCUACGCAUAAUUUCUGAAUGAUGUAAAUAAAUCAGGAUUUGACAGAAAUAAACUGCAUAAGUACCUACUGUAUAAAAAAUAUUUAAUAACUAAAAUACUUUUUCUUGUAGCAAACUAUUCUACUUUUAAAAAUUACGAUAAAUAAAUCUUACUUUAUAGGUAUUAACAAAAAUGGGAAAUGGCAAGUUCAGAAUUUUUAAAUCUAUAAUCCUUAUAAACCUAAAAACAGUACACAUUAAAACUAUUAAACUACGAUGUUUUGUACAAGAUAUGGAUGAAAAUAUCUGAUAUGAAAUCAAGUGAUAUUAAUCAUAAAUAAGUUUUCUUCAAUUUUCAAACUUGAAAGUUAGCACCAUGAAAAUGAAAUUGUUUUUAAUUGUAGCUUAGCAGCUAUAAAAAUAAAUGACUUAUACAUAAAAAUCUUAACGACCAAAUGCAUGCACAUUUUCUAAAACAAUGUACCUAGGUAAAUAGGUAGGUACCUAUCUGCAACACUUAAAAGUAUGGGAGCACCUUAAAAACCAUGUAUGGCAUAUUAAAUAUUUAAAGAUGGUUUUAGUUCCAUAAACUGAAAAGGCACAUGUAAGGUAUGGUUUUUAUGUUCAACUAUCAAAUGUCCCCUUCUUUGAGAAGCACCUACAACUAGUACUGUUUCACCUUUUAGGAAUAUAGGCCCUUCUCCAGAAGUGUCUUCGGGAUAUGACAUUUUCAUCACACGCGUUUGAGGAUAACCCAAUUUCGUAUUUCCAGUUACAGUAUACGAUCUACUAGGUGGUACUGGAGGAGGUCGUUCCAAAUUCAAUCCAAAGAGGUUACAAGUUUGCUGUAUAAUUUUUGCAUCACAUUUUUCCGUCAUAUCUGGAGGUGGUGUUCCAGCUAUAGGUUGAGGUCUAGGUCUAGUACCUGGUGGUACUCCGGUUCGGGCCGGUACUGCUUUAGUUGAUG